CCUUUCUGCUGGAGAACGUGGGAUCCGCCUCGGUGCUAGCCUGCUGGGGUUUACCGGUUGUUAAGUAGACUUCAAAGCGGUGUGACAUCGCUCCGCCAGUCCCUUCCUGCCUGAGAAAGGGUAGCUGCUUUCUGAGCCAUCACAUACCAGCUUCAUGUAUCCCUAAGAUUGUCAUCAGCUUGGGUUUUUUCCUGAGGCCUUACUGAAGUUUAAUUACUUAUAGGCUCUAGUGGUUAUAAAGUAAUUUAAGAUGUUUGUAUUACUCAGUUUUAACUCUCUAAUUGACUCUUGUAUUAAGAGACAUUGUUUUAACUUGGGAAUGGUUAAAUGGCCAAAGAAUUCCAUUAUUUAUGGAUAAGGGCUGUUUUAUUUGACUACUGUUGGCCUGCAACUUAAACUUGCAUCUUUUAUUUUUUUUUAUCCUAUGCUUUUUCUGUGUUAUGGCUGCUGCAACAAUAGUUCAUGAUACAUCAGAAGCUGUAGAGCUCUGUGCUCCCUGUGGGUUAUACCUUAAACCCAUUACAAAAAUGACCAUCAGUGUGGCACUUCCUCAGCUGAAACAACCGGGAAAAUCCAUUUCAAACUGGGAAGUGAUGGAAAGAUUGAAAGGGAUGGUGCAAACUCACCAGUUUUCCACUCUGCGGAUUUCUAAAAGCACAAUGGAUUUCAUCCGGUUUGAAGGAGAGGUUGAAAACAAAAGUUUGGUUAAAUCUUUUCUGGCAUGCCUUGAUGGCAAAACAAUAAAGCUGAGUGGCUUCUCUGACAUUUUAAAAGUCCGGGCUGCGGAAUACAAGAUUGACUUUCCUACCAGACAUGACUGGGACUCGUUUUUCCGUGAUGCGAAAGAUAUGAAUGAAACUUUGCCAGGGGAAAGGCCAGAUACUAUUCACUUAGAGGGUUUGCCUUGUAAGUGGUUUGCGGCAAAAGACUCUGGCUCGGAAAAGCCAAGUGAAGAAAUCCUUAUAAAAGUUUUCAAGAAAUUUGGAGAAAUACGUAAUGUGGACAUACCCAUGCUGGACCCUUACAGAGAAGAAAUGACUGGCAGAAAUUUUCACACUUUCAGCUUUGGAGGCCAUUUAAAUUUUGAAGCUUAUGUUCAAUAUCGAGAGUACGCAGGUUUCAUUAAGGCCAUGAAUGCCCUGCGAGGGAUGAAGCUGAUGUAUAAAGGCGAUGAUGGCAAAGCAGUGGCUUGCAAUAUAAAGGUUUCUUUUGACUCAACAAAACACCUCAGUGAUGCAUCAAUUAAGAAGCGUCAGCUUGAAAGGCAAAAGCUUCAAGAGCUUGAAAAACAGAGAGAAGAACAAAAACGUAAAGAGAAGGAAGCUGAGGAAAAACAAAAAGAGGAAGAAAGGAAGCAGCGAGAGCUUGAAGAAUAUGAGAGAGAGAGAAAAAGAGAAGAAAAGUUGCGCAAGAGAGAACAGAAACAGAAAGAUCGUGAAGUUCGACGAAACAAAAAGCAACUUGAAAAGCUUCAAGCUGAAGAACAAAAAAAACUGCAAGAGAAGAUAAAGUUAGAAGAAAGGAAGCUCCUGUUAGCUCAGAGAAAUCUCCAGUCCAUUAGACUAAUUGCAGAACUGCUAAGCAGGGCAAAGACAGUAAAGCUUUUGGAGCAAGAACAUAAUGAAGAAAAGAUUCGUCUUCAGCAGCUAGAGGAGAGACGAAGGCUCCAGGAGGCUGAGCUCAAACGUGUGGAAGAGGAAAAAGAAAGAGCACUGGGGUUGCAGAGGAAAGAAAAGGAACUGAGGGAGAAACUACUGAACAAUCUUCUGAGCAAGAAAAUGGAUGCAAUUAAUCAAAACAAAGAAGAAACUGAAGCAACCCAGUCUGACAUGCCGAAAACCCCUAGUGGUGUUCCACACACUGUGUCAUCCAGCUGCAUCACUUCUACCUCAGGACAGGCUGUUACAGGCAAACUGGCUCCCGGCUCUCAAAGAGAAGCAGCAUCUCCUGAGAAUGUAAACACUCAAUGCAAGUACUUGAAUGGCAACGUUCAUGACAAAGCUCAUGUGAAAGAAGGUCAGAAACUUCAUACCACAAACUCUGAGAGGUGUUCUGAGAAAAGUUCAGGGGUAGUUUCAUGUGUUCCUGCCAAUAACCAGCAGCAAAAGAGCCUCUCUAGCUAUGACCAGAAUGCCUGCAGGAAGGACUCACACUGUGAGCAGGGCAAACGUAGCACAGAGCCGAGGAGAAGAAAGAGCCGUUCAUGUAGCAGCAUAAACACUGAUGAGAGUAAGGGUAAACGAGAGAGGAGCAGGCACAGAAGAGAUGUGAGUUAUCAGGAUGAAAAGCGCAGGAGAGAAAGGAGGUAUUAUAGACGCUCUAGCAGAAGUUACAGUCCUCGACGAAGCCAUAGUCCUCGUCGAAGAAGUGUAAGCCCCAGACGUUCACGUUACAGAAGAACUCGCAGUAGCGAACGUAAACGAGACAGAAGAGAAAGAAGUCAUAGUCGCAGAAGCGUGAGCAGGAGACGAAGGCACCGGAGGAGAUCACUGAGUAAGCAAAGGAGUACUUGGAGUGGGUAGUGGAGGCCUUGGCUCCUUGGAAAGGCUGUAGUUGGACAAAAGGGCCAGAAAGUUGUGAACAAGACCUCAUCGGUGUGACUGCUAUAGAAAACACGUUUGUUUCAACCAAUGCUUAACUUGCAUCUAGUCCCUGAAAUCAAGAAAAUAGAUGCCUGAUUUUUCUGACGUUCCUUCGUGCUUUGUUGUCUCUUUCUAGGUUUCUGCCACAAUGUAGGUAUAACCACCUGUGCUUGUGCUCGAGUUCCUACAGUGCUAAAAGCCAACCUGUUUUCUUGAUUUUCAGUUUUCUAAACCUUAAUUUUAGUUGAUUUAGUUUUUAUCUCUGUAUCACCUAAUUUGGCUUGAGAAGUACGUGGGUGCCACUUAUAGGAACUCCAGACGUGAUAAGUUAUUACAUACAGAUUUGAUUUAAAAUGCUUUCUGGUGCAUUCAGUGAAAUCACAUUUAACAAAGUAGAGUUUUUGCUGAUUGAGGUGGAUAGCAGGACUUUCAUAUAGUUCUUAAAAGUGACUAUAAAGGUAUGCAGGAUAUCUUUUAAACUGCUCUGAUUCCUUCAUAUGUCUGUAUGGUGCCAAGCUUGGUGGCAUGUAAUGCCGUUUGUAUAAUAAUACUUUCCAUGUAAGAGAGGCACUGAUGUAAGAAGCAGUGGUAAAAUGGUUGAAGAGUUGUUCUGUUAUUUUGUUGACAUAUUUGGCUUUGUAAUUACUUCAGGUGGCAUAGAGCCACUUGAAGCAUUUUUUCAGGUACAUACAGAGCUAGCCAUUGUCUUUUGAAAAAGGGGCCUUCUUGCUAAAUUAUUUUUACUUGUGGUGUUGGAAAGUAAGGCUGCAGUGUCUCUUGUUAAAUCCCUUUAAAAAUACUUUUGCUUCUAAAAUGCAGCUCAGGAAUAUUAAAAGCUAUAACAUUACAGUGAAAGAGUUUAUUUUGCCUUUUUAUGGUAAAAUUAAAAAGAAAACUGUUUCCAGUGAACUGAAGUUGCUGUUUUCAUAUGUCAGUAUAUUAAA